UGUUACCAGCCUCAGGGGGACCUAGAGACAGUAGUUUCGUCUGCUGCAUCAACAACAAGACUGACACUUCUCACUAUUGACAAGAGAUUCAACCAGCGCCAGGGAGAGGAACAGCUGUUGUGCAGCAUAUAUGAUGAACUCAAGUAACACAAUAGGCAUGGAGUCCUUUUUAGCCUUACACAAGUGGAGUCUUGAGACCAAUAAACUGUCAAACAUCAGACUGGCAGAACUUAACCGAGAGUGGCAGGUGAUGAAGACAUCUCUCAUUAACAGAGAACAACAAGCAGUAAGAGUCCACCAACAGAAGACAAUGUUUCUCAGUAAUGUAAAGGAAGUGAGUAAGUGUGAGAAACACAGUGGUGAUGUGAGCAGCAGUAGCAGUAGUCAUACAGGUACUAGUAUUAGCAGCAGUAGUAGUAGUAGUAGCAACAGUCAGAGCAGCUGGAAAAUCAAGAAAAGAAUACAAAGUUAUAAAAUAAUGGGAUCUGACACUGGUGUAAGUCACUUCCCAUCAGGUGGUCCAGAGACAGUAAGAAAGAGAGGGAACCGUAAACUUGUGUGCACGGUUUGUGGUCUUGUUUGUCAACAUAAUGCACAUUUUCAAAUUCAUAUGCGCACUCACACUGGUGAAAAGCCCUUUAAAUGUAAUUUUUGUGAACGAGCCUUUGCUCAAAAAUCUGAUCUGACUAAACAUGAACGCAUUCACACUGGUGAAAAGCCAUUCAAGUGUGAUAUCUGUGAAAAAGCUUUUGCCAUCGGUAAAUCACUGCAGGAUCAUCGUCGGCAGCACACGGGAGAGAGGCCCUACGAAUGUAGUGAGUGUGAAAGGAGAUUUAGAAACUCCUCAGGGCUGAGCGAACAUCGCAAGACUCACCGAAAACAGUACGAAAGAGAAAUGUUUGGCAAAGUCGACAAAAAGACACAUGGCUUAUCCCUUAUUAAGCAACACGAAGGCAGUGAUACAGCCAGAUGUAGUUUUUGUGGUAAGAAUUACCCGAGCAGACAAAGUUUACUCUCUCAUGUGAGAAUGGUUCACAUGAAGAACACACCGUACCAGUGUGCCAAGUGUCGUACAUCUUACUCUUCCAUACACGGACUCUGCUUACACGUGGGUGCUGUUCAUAGACAUACAAAUGUGCAGCAGCAGAGUCUAUUGGUGCCAUUGUACAAGUGUUCAGGUUGUGUGUCAAAAUUUACCACCAGAGUGGCACUGAUAGAGCACACACAAGACACGGGACACGGUCACCUUAAGUGUGAUGUGUGUGACCUCACCGUGGAGGACUUGGAGCAGCUCGUUGACCACCGCUGGCAGCACCAGAUCACAGGACACAAUGAAAUAACAAAUGACAAAUGUAAAAGAUUAAAUAAAACAACAUUCCGUAAAGGGAUUAGAAUUCUGGGUGGGAAUUCGAAAAACAAAAAAAGCAAAGAUAUUAAUUUGGCAAAGAAGCACAGAGAACCGGUUGUACCUGGAAAGUUAAGAGUAAUGACCAUUCUACCCAUUGAGGCAUUUAAAGAAUUAUCAGAAGGUAAUGGAAGUAAAGAUGAAGGUGACAGUGUUGAGGAAUCUACUGUGAGUAGGAAGCCCAUGGCCACUGUGGAGUCUUCAAGUGACACCUGCACAACGGUCACAGGAACAGAUUAUGUAUUCCGAAGUUGUGAAAAAAAAGAGAAAAAUAAACGGAUGUCACUGUUGCCAAAUAAAAAGCCCUCAAAGCACUCUGAAGACUCUAAGCAUUACGAAUCACUGAACAUAAGACAACUACAGACCCACAACAAGCGACUGGCAGCAGAGACAGAAACUUAUGCAUCGUCAAGCUACCUCAACUGCAGGUCUUCACAGAGAACCAGGAAUGAGACUCGCCCUCUUCACAUGUCCGACGCAGAUCCUCUGUUUGUGAGCAGACGUCCACAAGAGUGGGACAAACGCUGGCUUGAUGAGAGCAUUGACAUUAUCUCCAUUUAAGAAGCUCACAUGCUCUGUCACUACAUGUUAGUUAUUAAGUAUCAUUCCAGCAAGUUAGUAAGAGUCUUCCUGCAUGUUUACAGUACUCAUUAUACAUUGAAGUAGAUGACAACGACCAGUUAGGACAAUUAUACAAGUUUUUGAUACAGUAUUUAGGAUGAUCUUAAUGUUUGGUUCACUAGAGUCACUCAAGCUUGACCUGUUUGUUCACUAGUCACUCUAGGUUGACCUGUUUGUUCACUAGUCACUCUAGGUUGACCUGUUUGUUCACUAGUCACUCAAGGUUGACCCUUUUGUUCACUAGAGUCACUCAAGGUUGACCUGUUUGUUCACUAGAGUCACUCAAGGUUGACCUGUUUGUUCACUAGUCACUCUAGGUUGAUCUGUUUGUUCACUAGAGUCACUCAAGGUUGACCUGUUUGUUCACUAGAGUCACUCAAGGUUGACCUGUUUGUUCACUAGUCACUCUAGGUUGACCUGUUU